AUGAAUAUAAAUCCAACUAAACGCCAAUUGAGUUUCAAUCAUUUAUCCAAUGUAAAAAUAAAGAAGUUAAGGGCAACAUUUGAUAAAGAAAAUUUAUCAAUAACGUCUUUUGAACAAUUGUCCAAUGAACUUCUCUAUGAAAUUUUUGAUUAUCUUGAUGGUUAUGAUAUAUAUAAAGGAUUUUCAAAACUUAAUAUUCGUUUUCAUAAUCUUAUAAGUUUUUCAUCACUUCCAUUGAAGAUUAAUUUUUCAAAAAAAUCACAACCAACACUUGAACAUUGUUGUCGAAAUGUUAUUAUUCCAAAUAAACAUCGUUUACUUUCACUUCAUUUAGAUAGUCAUUCAAUUAUACAUAACUUUUUUAUUCAUUGUUAUAUUGAUUCAUCAUUUAAUCAUCUUCAAUCAAUUAUUCUUAGUGGAUUUUCAGACUACAAAAUUCUAAUGAUUCUUUUUUAUUUAAAUUCUUUACCUUGUCUCUCUUCAUUGACUAUUGAACUUGAAGAUGAUUCUUACUACAAUAUUAGUGAUAUAUAUCAAAUCAUUUUUCGUUUACCUUGUUUGAAAUUUAAUAAAAUGUCAUUGUUAAAUUAUGAUGAAUUAAAUAUCUCUAUACCAAUUUCUAUCAAUCAAAAAUUUAGUAUUAUUGAACAUUUGAUCCUCAAUCAUGAUUGUAAUAUUGAUGAACUUACUUCAAUACUUUCUCAUACACCUCAACUUCGACAUUUAACUUGUCAACAUGUAGUCGAAACAGAUGAAAUUGUUAACAAAGAAAUCCUGUUAACAUUAUCUAACUUGAUACAUGUUUCUUUCGUUGAAUGUAGCGUAAAAUUUGAUAUAUUGGAAAAGUUUAUUAAAAAGAUUUCUUCUCAACUAAAAGUAUGGCAUUUAAAUACAUUUGAAGAAACGGCUUAUCUUGAUGCAAAUAGAUGGAGACGAUUAAUAACAAAUCAUAUACCUCACUUGUGUAAAUUUUAUUUCAAUCAUCAUAUGUCUAUUAAUAAUAAUGACAUUUUUCCUAAUUGUGAAUCAAUCAAUCAAUUCACGUCAAUAUUUUGUACUAAACGACAAUGGUUCUUUGAGUUCAAAGACCAGCUUGAUACAUUUGUAUAUUCUAUUUAUCCAUAUCGAAAAACAUGGUAUAAUCAUUAUGAAUAUGAACAAUUUGAUGUAUAUUCAGAUGGAAAUAUUCAUCAACAAACAUCUAAAUUUAUUGAUAUAUCUUGUCAACAAGAGACUACUAAUUCGUUCAUUCAAUCUAUUCAACUUACUAUUGAGAACCAUGCCUUUGCUGUUUGGUAUCCCUCAUAUACUGAUCACAUGAAACCCUGUUUGUUAGCUGUAAAAUUUACUCAUUUAAAAAUUCAUUGUAAUGACACUCCAAUCGACAUGUUGAUCGAACUUAUACACUUAAUGCCUAAUCUUCAAUCAUUGGAAGUUUUAUCAUUACCACUAGUGAAUUUAACAGACUUGUCACGUGAAAAUACAGAAAUGCUGUUAUUGGUAUCGAUUAAUAACAAAAUUACAAAAGUAAAAUUCGAUAAAAUGGUAGAAAUAAAUCAAAUUCAUUUUCUUAUGAAUCUUUGUCCCCGUAUGCAAUAUCUAGAGAUAGGAUAUACAACAGAAAAUAAUUUAGAAAAUAUCGUAGGAUCUAUUUCAAUGAAUAAUACAACACAUAUUCUUUACCUUUGUGGCUUAUGUCUCUAUGUAUCCGAUGCAAAUGAGAAGACUAUUCAAAGAUUACAUUCGAUUAUCGAUUUUGAGAGACUGUUUCAUCCUGUGAAAGCUUUUUGUGACUACACAAUUCGACGUAUAGGUGAUAAAAUCUAUUUAAAAUGGAAAUUAUAA